AGUGCAGAUGGAUGGACCUCAUUCAGGGACUUCAUGGACAGGACGACUGGAACUGCAUCCAAGGACAUAUUUACCUUCUUUACAUCAUUAACAAGUAAUGUUUGACAAGUCAAGGAUCAGUUUGUUGAAAGAACCUAAUCGUAAGAGCUUGGAUUCUAUAAUAGAAAAGAUCUAGAAGAGUUUGAGGAAUUAGAGAAACUGUCUGAUACCAACAAUGGUAAGCAUCACAAACCGUAGAAGAAGAAUUUCUUUUCUUGCAAGGCUUUCUCCAAAUUUAUACAACAUUUUCAGAUUAUUCGGGAGCUACCUCGUGUGGCGAAGCAAGGAGAGCUGUGCUGAGUGGAUUAAGCAAGAUUAAAUAAGGAUGAGUGAGAGCCCUAGCGAGUGCAGAGGUGAGAUAUGAAGUGGCAAACCAGCUGAGGAAACCAGAAACCUGCUGCUUUCAAUGUAAACACACAGCACCAUGCCAACCCUGCGGCCUACUUGGCACAAGAGGACCUGGACCAGAGCGAGACACACAGUCCUGCUUGCAUUCUUCGUUGUAAGCCUCAACCAGAAGGCAAAAGGCUCAGUGCUUGAAAGUCUCAUAGCAAAACGGACUGAAUACUGGGAGAACUGCAACAGAACCCUGGCAACGGGCGCACUCUCAGAAACUGGAAUCUACUGUAAAGGAACGUUUGACAUGUUUGUGUGUUGGCCCCAUUCGUCUCCUGGGAAUGUGACGGUCCCCUGUCCUUCUUACUUACCAUGGAUCAGCAAGGACACCUCCAGGAGGGCACACCAAGAAUGCUUAGAAAACGGGAGAUGGCGACAGAGAGAGAAUUCAUCUGAGCUCUGGAGGGAUGACUCAGAAUGUAAGGAGGACACAUAUUUCAAAGACAAGGAGGAUGAAAUGCUUCGCCAGACAGCCCUCAGACUCAUCUCUGUCAUUGGCUACUCCCUGUCCUUGUCAUCUCUCACACUGGCUACUCUCCUGAUGGGCAUGUUGAGGAAGCUCCACUGUACCAGGAACUACAUUCACAUGAAUCUGUUUGUGUCGUUCAUCCUGAGAGCCCUGGCUAUCAUCGCUAAGGAAGUCAUAUUGUACAUCAUGUAUUCCAAACUACCCAAGGACGACCCUGGUUGGAACUCCUACUCCAGCUCUGCGAUAGCGUUGAUGUGUAGAUUCUCCAAAGUGUGCAUGGAAUACUUUGUGGCCUGUAACUACUUCUGGCUCUUGGUGGAGGCCAUUUUCCUCCACACAUUGCUCUUCACAGCUGUGCUGACUAAGGGCUGUCUGCUGAAGAAAUACAUGCUGCUAGGAUGGGGAACACCUGUUUUGUUUGUAACACCAUGGACAGUGGUAAAGAUUUUAUAUGAAAACACAGAGUGCUGGUCAAUUGUAAACAAAUGGUUCUGGUGGAUAAUAAGGGGCCCGAUUACUUUAUCUGUGCUGAUCAUUUUCUUCAUAUUCAUCAAGAUUCUGAUGCUGCUGUUGUCCAAACUGAAAGCAGAUCAGGUGAAAUUUACAGACUACAGAUACAGUUUGGCCAGAGCAACACUGGUACUCAUUCCUCUGCUGGGAAUCCAUGAAGUGGUCUUCACUGUGCUGAUAGAUGAAUGCGUGGAGGGCAGCAGUCGCUACGCCAGGAACUUCAUUAACCUGACCCUCAGCUCAUUUCAGGGAUUCUUGGUUGCUGUGCUGUACUGUUUUGCUAACGGAGAGGUUCAAGCUGAACUGAAGAAGCGCUGGCAGCUUUUCCUGUUCACCAACCACUUCCAGGUCAGGAGCUGUUUUCGGGGUGUGCCCCUCAAGCACCUGUGGAAGUGCACUCGAGGACGCCGCCCACAGCGUUCUCCGCAGAGUGACUCCUACGAUGAGGGCGGCACCUCCACAACAAAUCCGCACUUGCUUCAGGUGGCUGUUCAUGGACAACACGUGAGGCUUGGACUAGAAGAGGUUAAAGGUCAGGGGUUGAAGGGCUGUGACAUAACAGGGCUUGACUUUCUCACCAGGAAGAGCCUGUCCAGCAGUGAUGGAGACAUGACACUUGGGGAAACCAUGGAGGAGAUUCUGGAGGAAAGCGAGUUCUGAUCUCCCGUAGCUGGUUGAUUCUUUUAUCAACUAACAUGGGAAGAAACCUGGGGUAUGCUUAAAUAGUAAUUAAGACAAAAAGAAUUCCAGAGAUGGAUUGCCAAUCGGGCAAAGGUGGCCCCAAAAGCCCCAGGUUUGGUUUGUGUUUGUUGGUUUGUGUAAAUUUGAUUAAAGCUAUAGUGUAUAGUUUCUGUCGCCCCCAUGAGGAAUUCGAAGUAACGACAAAAACACUGUUGGAGCAUCCACAUGACGGAAGCCUUUGGUGAUCGUGCACCACCCCCAACCCUCCCCCACGCAGUUACUGGUAGUGUUUAUCCCAUCAAAUCGAGGACAUGGAAGAUUAAAAAAACAUGAUGAACUCUUCAGACGAUGUUAUUAUCUUAUAAUUUUGUGUCCUAUUUGUCGCCAAAGCUCAAGGCUACUGUUUUCUAUUGUCAUCGGUGAUGUGAAACGCAUCACUC